AUGUUCGACCCAACCCAAGUCAACCUGACCUCGGCCAGCAAGGAAGAUGUCCUCUGUUAUUUCGCCAUCUCGGAGAAUGACUACAAUGGACAUCUUGGGGCUCGCAUCUCAUCGAUCUUCGUCAUUCUCUUUGUCUCAUCUGCCUUUACCGUCUUUCCCGUGAUUUCCCAGCGUAUGCCAACCUGGAAGAUCCCCCACAGCGUCUACAUCUUCGCCCGCUACUUUGGCACCGGUGUUAUCCUAGCUACUGCAUUUAUCCACCUCCUCGAUCCUGCCUACAAGCGGAUUGGCCCUAAGACUUGUGUCGGUGUAUCUGGAUACUGGGGCCAGUACUCGUGGUGUGCAGCCAUCGUUCUAGCCUCGAUAGUGAUUAUCUUUUUGCUUGACUUGGCCGCUGAAGUCUAUGUCGAGCACAAGUACGGCGUUCACAGAGAUGAAGAAGCUACCAAUGUCUUUAUCCAGCAACAGGCUGCCCAGUCGGCCGACCAACCAACUCCCGCCAAAAACGAGUCGGGCGUGUCGACCUGGGCAUCCGAAGACGAAACUGUGAUCGCUGAGCGCUCGUUCCGUCAACAAAUUGCUGCCUUCCUCCUCCUUGAGUUCGGUAUUAUCUUCCACUCCGUGAUUAUCGGUUUAAAUCUCGGCGUGACCGGUUCUGAAUUUGCCACCCUCUAUCCCGUGUUGGUCUUCCAUCAAUCCUUCGAAGGACUGGGUAUUGGUGCACGAAUGUCCGCCAUUCCGUUCGGCAAACACACCUGGCUACCAUGGAUUCUCUGUGCGCUCUACGGACUUACUACCCCUAUCUCCAUUGCGAUUGGACUGGGCGUGCGCACUACUUAUGUCCCGGGCUCCAAGGUGUCGCUUAUUAUCCAAGGCGUUUUGAACGCUAUCUCCGCCGGUAUUCUGAUCUAUAGCAGCCUGGUUGAACUGCUCGCUCGCGACUUCUUGUUUGACCCUUGCCGUACUAAGAGGCGAUCCAAGCUGCUGUUUAUGGUUAGCUGCACGAUCCUGGGUGCUGGCAUCAUGGCACUGAUCGGAAAGUGGGCUUAA